AUCGUGUGGUCUGACCAUGCUCCACUACACUUAAAACUACGAGACAAUGACCCACACAGAGGCAAACCACCUUCGCGCCUCAACGACUCCCUUCUAAACGAUGGCCCCUUUGUACAGCAACUCACAAAACAAUUACAAACGUACUUUGAAACCAACAACACACACAACAUAGGCCUAUUCUCUGCCUGGAAGACCCACAAACCAUUAAUCCGAGGGUUGUUGGUCAGCCGAGCAUCCUAUCUCAAAUGCACAUCUCAACGAGAGCAGUUAGACCUUCUCCGCAAACUGAGGGACGUCACCAAUGCCUAUCUAAUCAACCCAAAUGAUAAACAAGUGCAACUUAUAGUGGACACAACCAACCGCAUCAAUGAAAUUACCUUAUCUGAGACAGCACUCAUUUUUACCAAACUAAAAUUAAAGACAUAUACACAAGGUAACAAAGCAGGGAAAACACUAGCAGGCAAGAAACUACACAAUCCACAAGAUAUAAAUGAUGAAAUGGCGGCGUAUUACCAUUCACUUUACAACCUUAAAGAUGAUAACACCUUGCACCAACCAUCCGACCAAGACAUCGCAGACUUCCUGAACUCAACCACACUGCCGACACUGACGCUAGCACACAUAGCAUCCAAAACAAAAAAUCUUAGACACAAUCCAAUCUCUCCCCACAGGGAAGUCCAGAUGGUCUCACAAACUACUUCUAUAAAAGAUUUGUGA